AAAAAGGCAGAGCCCAGAGGGUAACGAUGCACUCGUGGGGGACCCGGCUGCUGGCCGCGGCGACGACGGCGGCCGUCCUCCUCGUCGCCGCCUGCGCCGCCGCCUCCGCGCUCGACGCCUUCCACGUCCCCUCCGUCGAGGCCCAAGCCCACGUUACCAAGAUAAACCGAUUCCACAAACAGAUCAAUGGGAACGACAAGGUGACCUUGACCUUCAGUCUAUCUGCAAAUUUGGAAUCACUUUUCACGUGGAACACAAAGCAGGUCUUUGCCUUUGUGACCGCUGAGUAUGAAACCGCGAAGAAUUCCCUGAACCAGGUUUCAUUAUGGGACAACAUAAUACCUGACAAAGACCAGGCAAACGUGCAAGUGGAGGUGAAGAGCAAGUAUCCCCUGAUUGACCAGGGGACUAGUCUGCGGGGCAAGAAAGUUCAGCUCGUCCUCCACUGGCACAUAAUGCCGAACGCCGGCGCAAUGAUCCGAGGCAAGAUGCCUCUCUCGGAGUUCACUCUCCCAGACACGUAUACUUCAUGAAAACGAAGCUGUGCUCCUCUGCUCCAUGCGAUAAAUUACGUAGGAGGCUCACAGUUGUAGAUCUACAAGAAUAAUCCUCUAGUGAAUACGAAGCGUCUUUGUUGCACUCAGGACAGUGGUUUUGUUAAUUCAUGACUUAUUUGUUCACAAUGUGGAUAUACAUAUAUAGCUUAUUCUUGACGAA